AUGACAGAAGCAAAAAUUGCACCCUCUUUGUUAUCUGGUGACUUUGCCAACCUUGAGCAUGAAGUCGGUCGUAUGCUGCAAUAUGGUAGCGACUGGCUUCACGUUGAUAUUAUGGACUCUCAAUUUGUUCCUUCCCUCACGAUUGGACCCAUUGUCGUCAAGGCCAUGCGUAACCAUUUUACCAAAGAAAAGGCUUUCUUUGAUUGUCAUCUAAUGGUUAUGAACCCCGAAAAAUGGGUUGACGAGUUUGCAGAUGCUGGUGCAAACAUGUUUUGCUUUCACUAUGAAGCUACUGAAAAGCAUAUGGAAAUUAUUCAGCGUGCUCACGAAAGGGGCAUGCUCGUAAGUUGUGCCAUAAAGCCCAAUACACCUGUUGAAGUGCUUGAUCCUUUGGUGCAACAUCUUGAUAUGGCUUUGGUUAUGACCGUUGAGCCAGGUAAGGGCGGUCAAAGCUUUCGUGCUGAGUGUUUGCCCAAGGUGAACUACUUGCGUAAGCGUUACCCUAACUUAAACAUUGAAGUGGAUGGUGGUCUCUCUCCUAAGACUGUGGAUGCUGCCUCCGAAGCAGGCGCAAAUGUCAUUGUUGCCGGUACAGCUGUUUUCAAAGCAGAAAACCCUACUCAGGUGAUUGCUGAGCUUCGCAACUCUGUUUUGAAGGCACAAGAAACAAAGCCCUGGGCGAAAUAG